AUGCCGCCGGCUUCGGUUAUGGAUGCUUAUACUGCUGCUUGGGUGAAUUCGGGAGCUUUUUCUUCCACGUGGGCUGGUAAAUUGGCGAAUAAGAGGAUGGAGGGUGGAGCUUCGGUUUAUUGGCCUGCUGUGCCUGCUUUUACUGGUAGUGGUUUUGGCGGUGCUGGGGUUGGGCUGUCUAAGGGUGUGACUGUGAAAGAGGAUGUGCAUGUGGAUGAGGAUGAGGUGAUGGGUGGGAUUGAUAUACGGAAUGGGAGGGUGCAUGGGGAGGAUGCUUCUGAAGUGGAUGGGGUCGACCUUCGCAAUGGCGUGGUGGAUGGCGAAGGUGAUCCAGAAAUGGGUGGGAUCAAGAUUACGGUGGAGGAGGUGGAGUGA